AUGGACAGACUGUUUCCCAAAGAUACCAUCAAGAGCACGGCCGAGUCUGUGGGGAUCGCGAACCUAAAGGAUAAUGUCGCAGCUACACUGGCACUUGAUGUGGAGUAUAGAAUCCACGAGAUUAUUCAGGUGGAAGCGAAUAAGUUCAUGCGUCACUCAAAACGUACCAAACUCACGGGCGAGGACAUAAAUAAUGCACUACACGUGCGCAACGUGGACCCAUUGUACGGAUUUACCUUAAAUGAAGAACCCAAAUUCCAACGUGUGACGGCAGGCCAGCAUGACCUGUUUUACCUUGAUGACGAUGAGUAUGAGUUCGAAAGCUUGAUCGAUUCACCGAUGCCAAAGUUACCCUCGGAGGUCACCUUCACUGCUCAUUGGCUCGCGGUGGAAGGCGUCCAACCGGCGAUUCCGCAUAAUCCAUCACCUCUCUCCACCGAAGAUAUCGUACCAGAAAUCCGCAACAGAAGGGCAUCAACGAAUGCUAUUAUCCAAGUGCCUAACGGGGUAGUGUCCGGCACGCCGGAAAUAGAGGUUAAGCCUUUGGUGCAACACGUGUUGUCCAAAGAACUGCAGGUAUUUUAUGAAAAAGUUACAACGACCAUGCAAAGUGAGGAUGAUAGUAUGAUGAGAGUGUCCGUGCUCCAAAGUCUGGAACGUGACACUGGGUUAGCACAACUGCUCCCAUACUUUAUACAGUUUAUUUGCGAGAAGAUUGGACAGCACAUCAAAAAGAACCUUACUAUCAUCGAGUCAAUGCUAAAGAUGACCGACUCGUUGAUCAACAACACCAGUCUCUAUUUGGAACCUCAUCUACAUCAUUUGAUGCCAGCUAUACUGACCUGUGUAGUGAGAAAGAAGAUCGGGGUAGAUCCCGACAACCACCAUUGGGAAAUACGCGAAUUGGCCGCGCAUAUACUCGCCAAAAUCUGUGAUAGAUACGUGGCUAUGGGUGCUUUAGGACGCGAGGUGAUCAGGUCCAUCUUGGUGCCAAACCUCAAAACAUAUGCAGAGGAGGUACUCUCGUCGAAGGAUCUUUCCGAUGUCAAAGCCGUGCGCUGUUACAACGCAAUAGUGGACAUACUACCAAAGCUAAAAGAAACCAUUGAUCCCACGGUCAACGUUCAAAUGCACGACGAGGAUUUGAGACAAAAACUGGUGGAUAAAAUAGGAGAAUACUUUGCCGAAGGAGUUAUGAGCAAAAUUGGGGAUGAGCAAGUCAUAAUGGCGAUAAUCAAUUGUUAG